AGCCCGUGAUAGUGGUAAUUAUUUAGAAUAUUUGGGCUUUUAUAAUCCCCGUAGUAAGGAAAUAAAAUUAGAUAAGGAUAAUAUUAAAAAACGGUUGUCUCAGGGAGCUCAGCCCACUGAUACAGUGCGAGAUUUAUUUAAAAAAUAUCUUUAA